AUGGGAGUCGUAGUGGGAGUGGUGAUAACGAUAGCUGUCCUGAUAAUUGUCCUCAAUGUUCUAAUGGCGAUGCAUCUUAAGAAGGCGAGAAAGGGAAUUGCACGGAUGUUACUCAGCUUCCUGGCUGUGUACGACCUAUGUAUUGGUACCAUCAUCUUACCCAUGAGAAUAUCCUCUCUGAUAAUGGAUACUCGGGAGAACAACUGGCCACUCGGCAAGCUGGGUUGUGUGCUCUACGGGAUAUCUACCAGUCUGGUGAUAAGAAGUACAAUGUGGACUAUAGUCCUACUAGCAGUGGACAGAGUAGCGGCCGUUCUCGCACCUUUCUUCUACGCAACCAGAGUCAAGGUCUGGUACGGAAAAGCAGCCGGAGCGGCGGUUGUCUUCUACUCGUCCAUCAUGGUAGUUAUCAUGAACACAACAACCAAUCAGAGAAAGAAGGGUCAAGGACAAAGAAUUAUGCGGAGAGUUGAGCAGAAUUUGACCUGCAUGGUAAUAUCACUCCUACUGGCUUUCCUGGUCUGCUACUUACCCUUUACUUUCUACCUUUCUAUCACUAUGAUGUGA